AAGUCCCCUGAGACUUGGCUAAACUUUCGUACAAUCUGAAUUAUGAAACCCUGCAUCCGAUUCUGCUGCCCCCGCAACAAAAUGUUGCCCAAUAGUCGGUGUAAAGAUGGACUCACAGAGAAUCUGAAGCGGAUCAAUCCCUACUUGAAGAUUACACUGCAGGAUGGAACUAUAGAAACAUAUUACCUUCUCACCGACAUGAUCGUCUUAAGAUAUAAAUUUAGGUAUUGCGAAAAGGUUGUUACGGUAAAGGAGGAUCAGUACAAGCUAUAUGAGAAUGGAAGCUUUGUGAUUAACCCCGCUGUAAACUGGACAUUGAGCAAGCAGUGGUACUGCCUCCAUCCGCGUUUGGAAGAUCAAAAUUCGAUGUGGAUUCUGGAACAUGUAUAUAUACCGAAGUCGAUGCCAGCCGUACCUCAGGUGGGUACUAUUUCCAUGGUUGGCUGUAUUCUCACAAUUGCAGUGUAUCUCUACAUAAAGAAACUGCGAAAUUUGCUCGGAAAAUGCUUUAUUUGCUAUUUACUUUGUAAGUUUGUGCAGUACCUCAUCUGGGAAGGAGGAGAUUUUAACUUGUGGAAGAAUAUUUGCUCACUAGCAGGUUACACUAACUAUUUCUUUGCUAUGGCUUCUCACUUUUGGCUAUCUGUUAUGAGUCAUCAUAUAUGGAAAAACUUGAUGUUAAUCAAUCGGGAUGAACCUCGUUAUCACUUUCUCAUCUACAACGUCUACGGUUGGGGCACUCCGGCCAUCAUGACGGGAAUUACAUAUCUGGUGGAUUGGGCCUGGCAGAAUAGACCUGACAAACUGAAUUGGAUUCCCGGUGUUGGUUUAUAUCGAUGUUGGAUAAACACUUAUGACUGGUCAGCGAUGAUAUACCUCUACGGACCUAUGCUGAUCUUGAGUUUAUUCCAUUUGACCCUUCGGGUACCAAAUUUUUUCCAUUUGUGUUCCGGUAUAGUCGUAUUUGUGCUAUUCAUUCUUAAGCGCAGCACAUUUCAAAUGAUAAUGGAGAGAAUACGCGGUCGAAGGGGACAACAACCUGCAUCUUGAAUAAGCCACUAGUUUAAAUAAAUAAA